GAAAAACACGUGUUUCCACAACAUCAUGGCAGCUAGCACACAUCAGCAACUGCCGUGCCAGUCAUAAGUGAAACUACGCGCGGUUACAGUGAGUGAACCUUUGAGUAAAUUGUAAUCAACUCAGUUUCUAGUGCUUAUGUGCAGUUACAAAUGCUCAAAGUUCUACAAAUUUAUAAAGCAUACUUACAAAGUGAGUUCACUUAAGACCCUGUGCCUGAUUUGGGAGCUAACUGUACAUGCAUAAAGGUUUGUUAUUUCCCUAAGUUACAGUACAGAAAAUGGCAGAUGUUCACAUCCCAGUAUCUGCCUCCCCACAUCUGAAUGAGGAUAAGGAAACGGGCAGGGGGAGUAUCAUAACAGAAGACAACGUGGAUGGAGUAACAUCUAGUAAAGGAAAAGCUGAUGGAGCUGGAGAGGAAGAGGAGGGCUCCGACCCAAACAUGUACCGCUACAUCAAAGAGGACCUGUUCACAUCGGAGAUCUUCAAAGUGGAGAUCCAAAAUUUACCAAAGUAUAUCGGUUUUAACGACGUGAAGAAGUUCCUGGCCAAGCAUGGCGUCAACCCUCACAAGAUCAAAAUGUUUGGGAAGCAGCCAUUCGCCUUCGUCACCUUUAAAAACGAGGAAGAACGGGACAAAGCCAUGAAGAUGCUGCACGGGAUGCAGUGGAAGGGUCGGGCACUGAGCGUGCGGCUGGCCAAGCCCAAGGUCGACCCCAUACUCAGGAAGAGGAGGCAGGACGAGACGGAGGGGUCAGGGCAGCCCCCGUCGAAACGGCAGCAGGAGGCAGAGGAAGACGAGGUACCUUUCAGCACCCAGAUCGCCAAUGUGGUGACCCCCCUGUGGAAUGUGCCCUAUGAGGAACAACUACAGAGGAAACAGCAGGCGGUGGAGGGGGUGCUGCAGAGCCUAUCGAGAGAAAUAGGCUUCACCAACAAGGAAAUGCUAGCCUGGCUGUACACGCAGCGAAACAAGCACAACAACAUGUGUUGUCCCCUGGAGACCAUCAGACCAUCACCCUUACUGACUGAGUACAGGAACAAGUGUGAGUUCCUCAUCUCUAUGGGGGCGAAUGGUGAGGAUAAGACGGUGGGCUUCCGACUGGGGAAGUACAAAGGAGGCUCCUGUGCUGUGGUGGGCCCCUCUGACUCCAUCCAUGUGUCAGCCAGGGCCAAGAGAGUCGUCAGCGAGGUCCAGAAAUUCAUCAGGACAACGGCUUACGCGGUGUACAGCCCUGAGACUUACGAUGGGCACUGGAAGCAGCUCACCGUGAGGACUACCAGGACCGACGAGGCCAUGGCCAUGGUGUUCUUCAACCCACAGAAACUUGAGGAGGCCGAACUCGACGGCCUCAAGAACUCGCUGAGGCAGUUCUUCACGGAAGGAGAAGGGAAAGAAAGCGGACUAAACUCUCUGUACUUUGUGAGAGAGGGUCAAAGGACCUCCCCGAACCCCGAAGACCUGCCAUCAGAGCUAGUAUUCGGGAAAGAGUACAUCCAUGAAGAGCUUCUCAGUCUGAAAUUCAGGAUCUCUCCUCACUCCUUCUUUCAGGUGAACACGGGUGCUGCGGAGGUUCUGUACUCCACGGUGGGGGAGUGGGCCCAGCUGGACCAGGACAGCACCGUGCUGGAUGUGUGCUGUGGGACGGGAACCAUCGGGAUAUCGUUAGCCAAGAGGGUGAGGAAGGUCAUUGGAAUAGAACUGUGCCAGGCAGCAGUAGAGGAUGCCAAAGUGAACGCCCAGAUUAAUGGUCUGACUAAUGUGGAGUACCACUGUGGCAAGGCUGAGGAUGUGUUCCCCAGCGUGCUCAAUGCUCUGGUGUCCCCCAACGUCACGGCCAUCGUGGAUCCACCCAGAGCUGGCUUGCAUUCCAAGGUGAUUCUGGCCAUCAGGAGAGCGGAGCACCUGAAGAGGCUGGUGUACGUGGCGUGCAACGCUAAGGCGGCCAUGACCAACUUCAUAGAUCUGUGCAGAGCUCCCUCCAAGCGGGUACGUGGGUCUCCCUUCCGUCCCGUGCGAGCCAUGGCCGUGGACCUCUUCCCCCAGACCAUGCACUGUGAGAUGCUCCUGCUGUUUGAGCGGGUGGACUACAGCUCCCAGACCACUAGCAAGGAAGAGACUACAACCCCCACGGAGAAACAGGAAGAGACAACUAGCACGUCUUAAUGUAUCGAUAGCAGUUCAUGCUUUAUGUGCAUGAGUUAGCUAACUCUAAGCAUGUGACAUGGCGUUUUUGUCAAGGGUAUGCAGUCUUUUGUUGACGCCGAUACGGCGAUAAUCUACUAUACUACUUUUGAAUUUGUUUUGUUCACAAGAACUUUUUUUUUUUUUUAAUCUGAUUAAAUUGAUUUUGACCCUAGGCUUUGGAUCGCAUCAAUAUUUUUCCCCCUUACACCAUUUAAGAGGCAUGUGCCUCAGCACACAUCUGGGAUUUUCAGAAAGCUACCCUUCAUUAAACUUAAAAAGAAGUUCCAGAGAAGGUUCCACUGCUAAAGAACAUGAAUCCCAUGUGUAGAUAAAAGGGGGGGGAGAUCUUCCAAGUAAAGAUUUUCUUAUCCAUCUAGACACAAGAGACAGCACAGUUAAUUCAUGACAAUUUAUUUGCAUAAACAAAUAUCACUGAAAGUCAGAGAUCCAAGUUGCAGUAGGUACUUCAUUUUCUAGGCAGCAAUAUCUCAAGCAAACAAUCCAUCAUUACAACUCCAUGGGUUUUUUUUGCGCACAUACUAAACACACGUACUUGGCAAGACAGAGCACAUAAACAUGAGCUGGGGGAGAAGCAGAUUCUUCAAGCAGUCUAACUCUACAUCAGCAGCUGUGUCCAUGAACGCUGGGACAGAUGCACACACAGACCCAAUACUUCACACGCAGACCCAAUACUUCACACCAUGAAAUGCACAGAAGUUAAUAUUUUUGUUCCAGGAAGUGUUGCAUCUUUUUGUAUCCUGCCUUAUAUAUAUAUUUAUAGAUAUUAUGGUGGCGUUUGCAGCAACCCUAGUAAUGUUCCUCUAUAAAAAUGCAUAAGACUGAAUUAAAGCUUUGGUUCCCACUGCUUGUUUAGACUCCUGUUGUUCUAAAAGACGUGAUCAAGGGUCGCUCGAGGUAAAAGUGUGCCAACUUCAUUUUUGUAGAUUUGUUGGGGAUCCUCGUACACCAUACAUUAGUUUGCCAGAGUUAGAACACAUGAUGAGAACGGACGAUCCUUUGUCACAAAGAUGACAAACGUAC